AUGGGUGAAAAGGCACAGGUCAAAGCAGAAGUGUCAUCGGUGCACGAGGAGCCCGCUGCAGUCGAGGCCGCUUUCGUGACGCCCGAGCGGAAGCUGAAGCGUGCGAUAUACGCUAUCGUUGGUGGUGUCGCUUUGCCGUGCAUACCCAUCCUUGUCAUUACCGGCGUCCUCCUCUAUUUCAUCUUUCAUCAUCGCGUCAAUCUGAACGAAGGUCUAGCUGAGUUCGCACCAGCAAAAACGGCCGUUCAUCGAGACGAUGCGGCAGCAUGGAUUGACUAUAUCAAAAAGCAAGGCUUCGGGCCUGCCUAUUACGUGGCAUACAACCCGUCCACUCUCACCACUAUCGCCAGUUGGACCAGCAGAGUUAUCCCAUAUCUUUCAAGCUCCAUCAUGGCUCUUGUAGCCUUCUUCUCCGCGCGACACAUCGUUCUCAAGUCAACCCGUGGCGAUGAUAGCGGUAUCCAUUUGCCUACACCAGAGCAGCUCACUUUGCUCAUCAACAUGUUGAACGGCAGCGGAUUUGGUCCGCUGAAGGACACGGCCAUUCACAGAUUCCGCAGGAAGGAGAGAUUGAUCUCGCCACUGCCCGCUGCAUUCUCAGCAUUGUUCUGCAUUACCACUCUAGGACUGCUUAUUCCGCUCGUCGACUCGUGGUUCGGUAUUGCCACAAAGCCUGUCACCAUUCAGCAGGUUGUUACUGGUCACCAGAACUACAGCAGCUUCGGCAGAACGUUCUCCUAUGAGAGAUUCCCUUCCGGGCCUAGGGACAACGGCACUAGCAAUAGCAACAACGUUCAAAACGCAUGGUGGCCUGCGACCCUAAUGUCUCCCAACGGGCACGGAUCCUGGUUUCUGAAUCUGUACGACGCCAUCAAAGUGGUCUACGACACCUCGAACGAGCAUAAAAUCUUGAAUUACACUGAUGCAUCUGGUGCGCAGUAUCUCUAUCUUGGUGACAACGCGAUGGGUCCGUCUCUCGACUUCAAGGCCAAGACAAUGGGCGUCUCCGCCCAUUGUUUUCCGAUGACCCAAUUAUGCUAUUCCAACUUUGCCGGCAAUGGCGGCUAUCUGUUUAAUUGCACACCAGCCUUCUCUGGGUAUUUGGCACAAAAUGUCUUGAACUCAUCAGCAAACCUAGACGACGCGUACGGGCUGUCUGGCACGGGCGGACCCCGUGUCGGCGUUGCUUUUGCACAAAAUACCGAGCUCACCAUUGCCGGUGGAGAGACGUGGAUGCCUUCCAAUGGGAUGAUAGGAAUCUGGAAGCCUGGUGAUCCAAUGGUCGAAGGCUCGAAUAUGACGGAGGUGUACCCAACAAACCCGUUGUAUUGGGGUGCUUGGGCCCAAGAAUAUCCGGCCGCCAACUAUGGUGGCGAUGAUCAACCUUUCCAGAACGACACAGGCGUGGCGUACAGUAACUCGCUCGACGGCGGAGCUAAUUGGAUGUUCAAUUGCUCGACCUCGGUUUGGGACAUCUCUUACAGCUGGGUGAACGGAUCGGUACAUUCAUUCAACAAGACCCUAGCCUCUACAGACAUGGGAGGUCUCUUCAGCGCUCCCCCUGCCUUUGCCUACAACAAUCUGGUGAUACAGGAUGCCAUCGAAGCCGCAGCUGCGACCGCUGCGUACUCUGGCAACAACUCGCGCGCUAUCGCGGACCGAUUCUCUUGGGAGUUCUCAAGAGUCAUGCUCGCACUAGCAACAGCAGCUUUGGAUCCUGCCAGAAACGAGUUGGAGCAGAUCCGCUUGCCACAUGAAAUAGUGGCACGGAUUCCGCUGGCACCAUUCUAUCUUUUGCUCUUCACCAAGGGACUAUACGUGGUUGGAGUCAUCAUCCUAGCCAUCGGCGCGUACUGCUUCACCCAUCCAGCUGAGACCGAGGCAGUCAGGGACCAGCUGUCAGUCAAGGGCCUCACUGCGGCACAUUUCAACAACCCGAAUAUGCAGCGGGAGAAUGUUGUGAAACACUUGCAAGACCGCAUCGAUAUGGCUAAAGGUGCAGGUACCAUCGUCAGCGAAGACGUCAUUGAAAAGACGUCGGACCCAGAUCGACCGGAGGGAUUAAGGCUGAGGCACGCAGCAACUGAGCCGGCAUUGGGAAGCGGACUGAAGCAGGAAGAGGCGGCCCAGGAGAACAAGACAAGGGUAGGCCUGCUGCCAACAGCCCAGGGCACUUGGGAAUUCGUCUUGCUGGCGGACGGGGCUUGGAACAGCAUAAAGCCUAUCGUGAAGAGUCUCGUGUUCCAAGAGUCUGCGCAGGGGCAAUUUGGCGAAGCAGGGAAGAUCAUCAAUGCCUGGCAUUGA